CUCGGCCGUCCACUCAUAAUGCUCGGGCAUCUGCGCCGGUAGGAAACGGAAGUGACGACAAAGGCAAUAUAGAGAGGUCGUUCGCACGCACGGAGCGGAGUGUUUACUUCCGCCGGCUUGGUCCUGGGGUGGGGGAGAGGUUGCACGUGGGGUGCCCAGUACAGAGUUCGUCGAAGAUGUAACGACCCUGGGUGACACUGGGACAGGCCUUAGAGGUUGAGAAUGUGGGUCCCAGGGGCAGGACUUCCCUCACUGCUGACACUGUCAGCCUUGACCCGCGCUGGGCGCUUUUGCAUUUUUAAGUCCGGAUCAGCGAGGCGGAAGGACGUCCUGGCGGGGAACCGCUGUGGCUUGUCUGACUUCUCCCCGCAGCUGGUGUCUAGUGUGGAAUUCGGGAAAUCGUCCUCGCGUGUAUACAGGUGCCGCUCAGAGCCCAAGCGGUACAUAACCAGUCCGAGAGUGGCUGAGACCUUGGUGCGGAUCCUGCGGAGGAAACGAAGAUCUUGCCAGCUCUUCCUGGAGUGCAAUCCAGGUCCUGGAAUCCUGACGCGAGCACUGCUUGAAAGUGGUGCCAGAGUGAUUGCCCUUGAAAGUGACAAGACUUUUAUUCCGCAAUUGAAGUCCCUAGGAAAAAAGUUUGGUGGAAGAGUACAAGUGGUCUACUGUGACUUCUUUAAACUGGAUCCAAGAAAUCGUGGAAUGCUAACACCUCCCAUUAUGACUUCAGAUAUGCUUUUUGAGUAUUUGGGAAUAGAAGCACAACCUUGGUCAAAAGGUGCUCCUUUAAAAGUAAUUGGGUUCUUACCAAUUAAAAAUGAGAGAAAUACACUUUGGAAACUUUUACAUGACCUAUAUUCCUGUACUUCUGUGUAUAAAUAUGGACGAGUAGAACUAAAUAUGUUUGUUACUGAAAAGGAAUGCCGGAAACUAAUGGCAAAUCCCCAAAAUCCAAGCUUGUAUCAAGCAUUAAGUGUGCUCUGUCAGAUAGCUUGGGGGAUUAAGCUCCUGCAUACGGAACCUUGCUCCUCAUUUGACACAUAUACCUCAGAUGGGCAGCUAGAAAAGCAAAAACGCAGGGAAUCAGAAAAAAACCUGUGUUUUAUUCAGCUGACUCCUCAUAGAAAUUUAUUUACAGGAACCUUAACACCUUUUAACUAUGAUGUAUUUUUUCACAUGUUAAGGCAGUGUUUUAUGAAACGCAAUGCCAAGCUAAUAGACCGUUUACAUUCAUUGAGUCCAAUUGAUGGAAUGCAUAUAUUGAAACAAAUUAAAAAAAAGAAAGAUGUGAAAGUAAUAAAUAUGUACCCUGAAGAUUUUCAGCGCCUUUUUGAAACCAUAGAGUGUUCCAAAGAUGAUACCUAUAAGUGGCUAUAUGAUGACUUCAUGGAAGAUGUAGUCAUGUAGAGAAGUGGACUGCUAACACAUUAACUGGAUCUGUUUAUUUAUUUGGAAAUUAUGACACAAAUGAAAAAGAACUGAGUUUGGAAAGCUCACAUUCUUUCAACAGGGGAUAACUGUUCUUGUUUUGGACAACUAGGCAGAUCAUUUCUCCUGCCGUUUGAUACCGUUAGUGUAUUGGAUAAAACAGUGGCUGCUAUUUUAUUCAAACUGAAUAAAUAAAACUUCAGUUAAUUGUGUAUUUGAUCAAAUUGGAUUUGUUUUAAAUUCCCCUCUACUAUAAGCAUACUGGUAGUUAUAGGCUAUUACCACAUGAAAUUUAGUUACAGAAAUUCUUUUGGCCAGAUAUUGCAUUUAAAUAUUUAAAUAUUCCAUUUUCACUGUCAAUUUUUAUAUCCUCUUGGGAGAGCAGAAGAGUUUGUACAUAAUUAAACUUGGAAAGUAAACUGA